AUGCCGCCUUGCUCUGAACGCCUGCAGGACUGGAUUGUGCGCUCCCUCACGGGAGAGAAUGUCCAACACGGCCUCACCAUGCUGACCUACAUCAACGAGUGCACGGACCUGCGGGGCAUCUCCUACUUCGGGGAGGUCACCUAUCAAAUCGUCUUCCAGGAGGAUGGGAAUGUGCAUGCCCUGGUGGUGGGUCUGAUUUUUCUCCGAGUCCUGGAAGGAUUUAGCCUCAGCAAGCGUUUGAGCUGGCUGCCCCGAACGAUCUUCUUGGCCAAGAACAAGCUCUUCAACUUUGUGCUCGCCUACGUUUGCCUGGUGGCAGGAUUCGCGCUCUUGAUGACUCUGUACUUUGGGGACCUUUUCCAACAGUACUGCACUUUGGCAUCGUCCUGCUACACUCUGUUGCUCUUCAGCUUCGGGCUCUCCGAGCGGGCCAUGUACGGCGCAGAGCCCUUCGUGGAGAGGAGCAGCACCCACCUGUUGUUCAUGCUUUUCCUCUUUACCGUGUUUGUGGUGACCAUCAUCCUGAAUAUGUUCACCACCAUCGUUAUCGACGCCUUUGCCGCGGAGAGCGAUCCCAAGCGUUACCAGGCGGCCUACAAGGAGGAAAUCACGACGCUGACCAACCAUUUGCUGACCAUCUUCGGCAAAGGUGACCUCGUGUCAAAGAGGAAGAGUCUUCGGUCAACAAGGCAUGUACCGGCUUUGCCGAGCGAGGGUGAGGCCCGGUCUCGGGCGAGCGACGCCAGCGACGCCAGCGACGCCGGCGACGCCGGCGACGCCGUGCCGGACUUAGGGGUGCCAGUGGUGUUGAAGAAGGCUGCUUGCAAUACUGCAGCGACGAAGCGACUGCAGUCGACGGAUAUGCGCUACUGGGUGAAGAAGUUCUACCAAGAUGCGUCUGGCUGGAACGAUGCCAUUGGCGAGCGCCCCAAGCUUUGUGUUGAGAGGUUUGGCAGCUUCGCCUGCCGCAUGGAUGCUGCUGCCGUUGGGAUCACCUUUAUGCCUGCAGAUGGCCUGGAGGACUCCCCCCAGACGCGCGAGCGAGCCCGACAAGACAGCGCAGGAUCCAAUGCUGGAUCUCUGGAGGGCCCGGGAGGUGAGACCUUGAACAUUGUGGUGCGUGGUGAGGCGCCGAACCUUCCGCCUCCGCCGCCAGCGCCGGAGCAUAGCAGCAGCAACUCGUGCGCAACAGGCAGCACCGCUAGCGCCGGCACUGCGGUGAGUGCGCCCAGCGCCAGUGUCAGUGGACAUUGGCAGCCGCAGGCAUGGCAAGGCUUCCAGGCAAACCUUGCCCCAGUGACUGCCUUAGAGGCGGAGGCGGAGUCGCGGCGCCGCGCGGCGCAGAUUUUGGCCCUCAGCCGCCAGGUGGAGGCGACACAAGCAGAGCUCACGCAGUUGCGGCAGCCCAAGCCAGCACAGACCCGGCAGCUGAUGGGGGUGUGCCGCAAGGAGCUGCAGGGCCUCCAGGCGCGGCUGUCGCAUGUGACACACAUCGCCGCGCAGCUGGACUCCUGGUUUGUGGCGCAUCGCGAGCACCUCACCAUCGAGGACACGAGCCAGACGCCCUCCGCGCAGCUUCAGCAGCGACUCAAGUGCUGCGAAGGCAUUGUGGAGGGCUUUCAGCUGACCUCUGAGCGGAUGGAAGGCAUCCUGCUCCAGGACGGGCACUUGCGGGAGUCCACUGUGCGUGAUUUGUUUUGUUGA